AUGGACGCGACCCCUUCCUCUUCAAAUAUGGACGUCGACGCGCCCCAUGAGAACCCCUUACCCCCAGGUUCCAACUUGUCUUCGCCUCUCUCGGUAUUGUCAAAAUCUCCAUCAAUACCGGCGUCGCCCGAAACCGCCCUUGACGCGUCAAAACGAUAUCCGUCGCCGACGUCCUCCAUGCCCUCCGGCGCACAAUCACCAAUCAAGCUAGAGGCUACAGAGGAUUCCGUGCUCGCCAUCAAGCUCGACAAAGAUGCUGCUGACUCCAUCAAUGUCAAUUCUAACGAUGCCCCCGACGGCCAGCCACCUCGAAAGCGGCGCAAGGUAACGCCGCCCAAGGAGCGCACCACGGAGUACCUCAACCUGGACGAAUGCGACGAAGACGAUGGGAAACUGGCGCGUCUCGUGUCCGCUCUGAAGAAGCGGAAGAAAAUUGUCGUCAUCGCAGGUGCUGGCAUAUCCGUUUCGGCAGGCAUUCCCGAUUUUCGAUCCAAGACGGGCCUUUUCGCGACACUUCCGAAUGAGCACAAAGUAAAGGGCUCAGGCAAGCACUUGUUUGACGCAUCGGUCUACAAGCACGACUCCUCGACCGAGAAAUUCCACAAGAUGAUUUGCGACCUGGCCACCAUGGUGAAGGCCGCCAAGCCCACCAAGUUCCACCACCUCCUCGCGUCGCUCGCUGCAGAGAACCGACUCCUGCGUCUCUACAGCCAGAACGUCGACUGUAUCGAUACCAACAUGGAACCCUUGAAAACGAACGUUCCUCUCAAUACCAAAGGACCAUGGCCCAAAACCAUUCAGUUGCACGGGAGCGUCGAGCACAUGGUCUGCUCGAAAUGCACCGAUAUUCGACCGCUGAAGACAGAGCUUUUCGUGGGUCACGAGGCUCCACUGUGCGAAGAGUGCAAAACAAUCGACCAACUGCGAACCCAGUUCGAGCAAAGGCGGAGCCACGGCAUUGGCCGUCUACGCCCCAGGAUGGUGCUCUACAAUGAAUUUAACCCGGACGAAGAGGCCAUUGGUAAAGUGUCGAGCGUGGACCUCAAGUCGCGUCCCGACGCCGUCAUUGUUGUCGGCACAAGCUUGAAGAUUCCCGGUGUACGGAGGCUCGUGAAAGAGCUGUGCCAGGUCACGCGCAGCCGCAGGGACGGGUUCACCGCAUGGAUCAACACAGAUUCGGAACCGCAGCAUAAUGACUUCAAGGAUUGUUGGGAUCUCGUCGUCCGUGGAAAAUGCGACGAUGUUGCUCACUGGGCUGCUCUGCCAAGGUUUGAUGAGCCUCAAGGCGACCAGUCCGCGUAUCUCAGCGAGGGAGAGGAGCAGCGUCGCCUGGACAGACUUAGCAGGGACAGUCUUGAGGUGCAACUCAUCUCGCCCACACCCGAUUCGCCGACCAAGUCUGGUUCCAGCACUGCGUCUGAGUUCAGGAAGCGCAAGCUCGUGGACCCUAUACAGAGCAUUCCGACGCCUACAGCGAGUCCGAAGAUCAAGCCCACCGAGACUGCAAAGAAAGCGGCUAAGCCCAAGCAGAGCAAGCUUUCUUUCACCGGCCAGAAAACGGGCACAUCUGAAAGCGACAUGUCUGUUAAGAAGGUCAAGAAGGCGCCUGUGAAAAAGUCCCGCAAGACCAACAAGAAGUUUACGGAGCCGCCUAAGAACAGUAUCACUCACACGUUUAAGACCCAGAAGAACCGCGAGCUUGCCGACAUGCCUCAGGAGACCUUGGCUGGCAAAUUGGACAAUCAGCAUUACAAGUAUGCCGAUGACAAUCUCGAGUCACAGCUUCCACCGCUGCGACCCAUUCAAAAACCAAUCCAAAGCUCCAUCUACAAGCGUGCAGAGGAUCCCGGCACGGAUGGACAGAUGGACGCCACUCUCUCGCCCAUGACGCCUUUGGAAGAGUUACCAGGAGCAUCUUUGACAGGACAUCCGAAAUCUUCACCCCACAAUGGCGUUCCAACGGAGAGUAGCGGCAAGGACAGCAGCGAAGUACGCCCCAUGACGCCGAUGCACAUACGACGAAGGUCAGCCGACACAAUAUCCCCCGAGUCGGUUCCUCGAGGCAUGGAGUCCUUGGUGGACUGA